GCAAGAGAACAGUUCAUCCACACUAUGUCUGUAUUGUAGGUCUCUAGGAGCAGCUGAAAACAGAAUUUAAUAUAAUUAAGAACAUACUAUUUUGUAGAUCAAACGUCACAGAGCAAAACAUUUUUAACCUGAAGUAUCAAACAUUAACAAACCCUCAUGGUGUUAUAAUUUCAGCUAUCCAAGAAGAACCAGCCCACAUCCUGUUCAGUUUGCCUUGCUUGAACAUGGUUCAUCCUGUCUGGCUAUAGUGAGGCAACUAGAGAAGACUGGGAGAGUCUUAAAAGGUGUUCAUCCAGAAGGUUAAGAAGCUGAGCAUUCUUUUUAGAAAUUACAUAAACUAGACUGACAAAAUGGCCGAAAGAAUGACUCAUCAGCCAUUUUUCUACGGUAACAUCACCCGAGAGGAUGCGGAAGGCUACCUCCAGCAGAACGGGAUGAGCGAUGGCCUUUAUCUCAUCCGACAGAGCCGUAGCAAUCUAGGAGGCUUUGCCCUGUCUGUGGCCUACAACAGAGCAUGCUACCACUAUACCAUAGAGAGGGAAAUGAACAACACCUAUGUUAUAGCAGGAGGAAAAUCCCACAACAGCCCAAGUGAACUCUGUGAAUAUCACUCUCAUGAGACAGACGGACUAAUCUGCUUGCUCAAAAAACCUUGUAAUCGACCCAAAGGAAUGGAGCCAAAAACAGGGCCCUUCGAAGAUUUAAAGGAACACCUGAUAAGAGAGUAUGUGAAACAGACCUGGAAUUUACAGGGCGAAGCUCUUGAACAGGCAAUAAUCAGUCAAAGGCCUCAGCUGGAGAAGCUGAUUGCUACCACUGCCCAUCAGAAGAUGCCCUGGUUUCAUGGCAUCAUCUCACGGGAUGAGUCAGAACCUCGCCUUCUUAAUGGACAAAGAACCAAUGGGAAAUUUUUAUUAAGGGAACGUGAUAACAAAGGCUCCUUUGCUCUCUGCCUGCUACAUGAGGGCAAAGUGCUGCAUUAUAGGAUUGACAAGGACAAGACAGGCAAGCUCUCCAUACCUGAUGGAAAGAAAUUUGAUACACUUUGGCAGUUGGUAGAGCACUAUUCCUAUAAGCCUGAUGGACUGCUAAGGGUUCUCACAGAACCAUGUCUCCGACCUGACUUGCCACUUAAUUCUAUAGAUCUGAGUUGUCCACCAAUUCCUCGUAAUCACCCCAGGAAUGGUGCAACAGGUGGAAUUUUCUCCAGAAUGAAAUCCUACUCCUUUCCAAAGUCUGGCUGCAAACAGAAGGUGAGCGAUAUGGGUGCUCGUGCUAACAGCUCUGCACAACUCAACCCCUAUGAAAUGAGGCCAGGGAAUAAAAAACAAGUUUCCAAAGAGGCUCUGCCCAUGGACACUGCGGUUUAUGAAAGCCCGUAUGCCGACCCAGAAGAACUGAAACCCAAAACUGUUCAUCUAGACCGGAAACAACUUAAACUGGAAGAUGGGGAGCUUGGUUCUGGGAACUUUGGUACUGUGAUGAAAGGGGUUUAUCGCAUGAUGAAAUCUGAAAAAACAGUAGCUGUAAAAAUCCUAAAGAACGAGGACAAUGAUCCAGCGGUCAAGGAGGAGAUGCUCAGAGAAGCAAACGUGAUGCAGCAACUGGACAACCCGUACAUCGUCCGAAUGAUUGGAAUCUGUGAAGCUGAGAAUUUGAUGCUGGUUAUGGAACUUGCAGAGUUAGGUCCCCUCAACAAAUUCUUGCAAAAAAACAAGCAUAUUACCAAAAAGAAUAUCACAGAGUUAGUUCAUCAAGUUUCCAUGGGCAUGAAGUACCUCGAAGAGAACAGCUUUGUUCACAGAGACCUGGCUGCCAGAAAUGUGCUGCUAGUCACCCAGCAUUAUGCCAAAAUUAGUGACUUUGGGCUCUCAAAAGCACUAACUGAGGAAGAGAAUUACUACAAAGCUAAAGGUCAUGGGAAAUGGCCAGUCAAGUGGUAUGCUCCGGAAUGCAUAAACUACUUCAAGUUUUCCUGCAAGAGUGAUGUAUGGAGCUUUGGUGUUUUGAUGUGGGAAGCAUUUUCCUUGGGACAGAAGCCAUACAAAGGUAUGAAAGGAAUUGAAGUCAUGCAAAUGCUUGAACGUGGAGAAAGGAUGGAGUCUCCCCCAGAUUGUCCACCUGAAAUGUAUGACCUCAUGAAACAAUGCUGGACCUACAAAAUUGAAGAAAGGCCUCCAUUUGUAGUAGUUGAACGCAGAUUGAGGGACUACUACUAUGACAUUUCACAAUAAUUUGUUUUUAUGGGCACAAUGCCUGAGACAUUAUUUUACAGUUGAAUAUCUGCAGCAAUAUAAAGAACCCUUUUCAGCAGAUGUUAAUACUGUAAGAUUCUUGCUUCACUGCUUUUUUCAUUACUUCUGUUUCGGAUUAGGAAUACAACAUCAACUACUUGGAUGAACCUAGGUGUAUCACCUUUUUUUAUCUAUCUUUGAAAAAUGAUUGCAUGAUUCCAUUGAGAUAAUAUAUUUACAAUGAUUUCACAAUCAAAUCAAUGACUGCAAAAUAAUAAACAAAAUCUAAUUCCAAUAUGUGGUCCCCACAGCAGGCUUGCAGUGAUGUAAAUAUGUAUCUUAAUGUGUCAUAUCUCUGUUGACAGGAAAAGAGUAACAGGGUGGCUAAUCUCUUUUUAAAUACAUUUUCAGUUUGACUGUUCACUUGUUAGUUUGUUUGUUUUUAACUUCACUGCUUUGUUGCUUACAAAGCAGUAAGUUUAGUUUUAUAUGAGCAGUAUUUACACAUGUAGUACUAUCUACCUAUCUUCAAUACAGAGUAUACAGCUAUGAACAUAAUACUUUAGAUUUAUACUAAAAGAAAGUAAAAACGUACUUCCAGCUGCUGACGAUGCAAAACUGUUAAUAUAGUUGAUAAUAUGCUGUUGUCAUUUACCUUACAGCAGUUUGUAAUGUUAUUUAUAAAAGUAAUUUCUAGUAUUCAUCUGUCACCAUCAUGAUAUAAAAAAAAAAACAGCACGUAACCAUUGUUUUGUGUCAUAUUUGCUUAAAUUAACAAACAGUCAGAAAAGUAAAAAUGGUAAAGAUUUGCUAUCCUCUACUUUAUUACAGCUGUAUACUGCACAGAAUCACACAUUUUUAUGAAUGUUAAUUUGGUCAAAAAGUUUAUUUUUUGAAAAGGAACUUUUUAAAAUUAAAUUGUAUUUAAAAUCUGGAUUUCAUUAUCUCAUCUCAUUUACAAUAUAGUCGUGGAGGACUGUGACAUAUAUCUAGCCACACACACAAACAGAAAACUACAAUACAGGAAAAGUCAGCUCACUUAUACACACGUCUACUUACAGAUCUUAAAAGGAAACCGUUGUCAAACAGAAAAAACCUGUGCCUGGACAUCUGAUUAAGAGGGUAUAUGCUUUUUGAUAUCUAUUUAUCUUAACUAUGAAG